AUGAUUCCCUCGCUGCCUGCGGGUGAAAAGGUCAAGAUCGAAGCCUUGAAGUCGACUUGGACAAACGGCAUGGGCAAGAUUACGAAACUCAUCGGUGGGGGCAUUGGCCUGGUCUCUGAAGCAAUCUCCAACCACAAGACAUCGGGUAGUAGGCAGCAGUCACCUCAGAACUUCAAUGCAGAGUGUAGUGAAAGCAACAAGGCAGGGCCUUCUUCUGAUAUUUCAGCUAAUCCACCGGUAUAUGACGAAGUGACGGAAUACCGUUCCCAUGCCAAAUCGGAAAAGCAAGCGGAACAUGACGAGAAGGAUAUAGAAGAGGACAAUUCUUUGUCGGAGGAAGAAGAUGAAGAACAUUGGGCACUGGACGAGGCAGCGAGACCAAAUGAACUACCAAAAGAUACAGAACUCAAGGACUCGGAUGAGGUCGCAAAUCGCUUCAUAAGAACGUACCCUUCUAUCCAUGCCAUGCCAGCGGGAACGAACCUCUCAUGUCCAGUAAUCAUACCCCAACGAAGACCUAGGGAUAACGCGAGGGGAUUCGUCAGAGCGUAUGCACCAGUUCUAGAGGACUAUGGCAUCGACCAAGCAUCGUUCCUGGAUUUUCUAGAGAGCUUCCAGCUGGCCAGCAAAGCAUCCCCGUGGCUUAUUGUUGUCACUUUGGUGGCGUUGGGUGCGCAGUUGACACCUAGUCUUAUUGCAAAGGGUGCUUCGGUGGCUGUGGGAGUGACUGCUGGGGUUGCUAUAGAGGCACAAAGGGCUUCUCGGUAUGUUGUCUACCGACUGUCGUUAUGUCAUCAAUAGCUGAUAUAUAUAAAGGUCCCACUCGUUUCUCGAUCGCAUGAAAAAGGAGUACUUCCAACCCCGUGGCCUCUACUGUCUCGUCAUAACCUACAAACCGGAUUCCUCCACGAGCCACGCUCUACUCGAUAUCUCCAAGUCACUAGGACCCUCUGGACCAGUAUCUGAGAUCAAUACUGCAAUGCGCAAGCUCUGGGUCUCCUCCUCAACCAUAAACGGCCAUCUUGAAAUGCCCGAAGCCGCGCCCCUCAUCUUUCCCCAUCUUGACGCUCUAGCGAACGGGACGACGAAAGAGGACCUGGAGAAGAGUCACAAGAUAACAAGCACCAAGGCCUUUGUGGCGGAUUACAUGGAUAGAAGAGCGCAGGCUCGAUACACGGGUCAGAACCCGGGAACAGCGCUCCCAGGCGAGCAACCCAGGUUUGUAAGUCGAUACGUGGACCCGAAUUCGUCGACUAAUACUGGGGGCUUGCUUUCGUUCGCUACUGGCGGGACAGUCAACCCUCGAGAUGGGAAGCGUAGGAGACCUAUCAGGAACCUUUUGGCGGAGGGAGGGGAAUACUUGAAAGGCAGGAAGGGGGAAGGAUCAAGGGAGAAGGUGCAAAAUGAUGGGAUUGAAAGUCCGCAGUCGGUAGUCGCUAGGGAGACAUUUGGAGGACCUCUUGGAAGGAGAGCGGGGGAGUCGAGGGGGGAUAGGAGGGAUAAGGUGGGGAGGCAGGGUGUGGUGAAGAGGGUUUUGCAGAAG